AUGGCCGCUAAGCGUCCGAAUUUCCUUGUCAUUGUCGCCGAUGACCUGGGCUUCAGCGAUACCGGGCCCUAUGGCUCGGAGAUUGAAACGCCCAACCUCGAUCGCUUAGCUACAGGGGGGCUGCGUAUGACGGAUUUUCAUACAGCCUCCGCCUGUUCGCCGACCCGCGCCAUGUUGAUGUCGGGGACGGACAACCAUAUCGCGGGACUUGGUCAGAUGGCCGAAUUCAUGGCGAGCAAUCCCGGGCGUUUUAAAGGGCGCCCGGGCUACGAAGGCUUUCUCAACUUUCGCGUGGCUGCCCUACCAGAGAUUCUGCAAGAUACGGGAUACUUCACCGUCAUGUCGGGCAAGUGGCACUUGGGUAUGAAAGCCGAGAUGUCCCCAUCUGCCCGUGGGUUCACGCGAAGCGCCGUUCUACUGCCCGGGGCCGGCAACCACUACAACUACGAGCCCCAGCUGGAGCCCUCAGUCAAGCGCGCGCCAGCGUUCUUCAACAGUGACGGGCUCUGGAUGGAAGACUCCCGGCCCUUGGAUCGCAGGACAGAAUUACCUGAGCAAUUCUAUUCGAGCGACUAUUUCACGGAUCGCAUGCUCGGGUUUUUGAAAGAUCACAGGUCCAGCGAGACAGAACAGCCAUUCUUUGCCUACCUCGCAUACACCGCGCCUCACUGGCCUCUACAAGCACCACCAGAAGUCACUGCGAAGUACCGUGGGGUAUAUGAUGAGGGACCAGAGAGUCUACGCCUCAAACGUCUCUCUCGCCUGCAACAAUUGGGACUUGUGCCGAAUGACAUCGUACCGGCUCCAAUGACCGCCGCAACGGCGGAGUGGGACGCAAUGACCGAGGACGAGCGGAAGGCUUCUGCUCGGAAGAUGGAGGUGUAUGCGGCCAUGGUCGAUCGCAUGGAUUGGAAUAUUGGACGGGUCUUGGACCAUCUAGAAAACACGGGGGAGUUGGACAACACCUUCGUCGUUUUCAUGUCCGACAACGGUGCAGAAGGAAGCCUUAUCGAGGCCCUUCCCAUGAUUGGUAGCUUAAACAUCAUGGAUGUGAUCGGCCGCUUCUAUGAUAAUUCGCUGGACAACAUCGGCAACGCAAAUUCCUUCGUUUGGUAUGGCCCGCGCUGGGCCCUGGCUGCCACCGCUCCCAGCCGUGGCUUCAAGGGAUGGAGUACCGAAGGCGGCAUCCGCUGCCCAUGCAUCGUGCGCUAUCCCGGAAUAACGAGAACGAACCCUAUCAGCCAUGACUUUUGUAAUGUCAUGGAUAUCGCGCCCACUUGCCUGGAAUUAGCCGGUGUUGCCCAUCCCGGCCAAUCAUUUAGAGGACGUGAAGUAGUCCCCUUCCGAGGCAAGUCGUGGGUCCCAUUCAUGAGAAGCCACACGCAAUCAAUAUACGAUGCCACCCUGGACGUGACGGGCUGGGAGCUGUUUGGCCUUCGAGCGAUCCGGCGGGGCGACUUCAAAGCAGUCUGGUUACCGGAGCCUCGCGGGAAGGGGGAAUGGGAGCUGUACAAUGUUACUAAGGACCCUGGCGAGCUGGAGGAUCUGGCAGCCACUCAUACAAAGGAGCUAGAAGAUCUGAUGGUCGAGUGGGAAAAGUAUUUCGCCGAGACCGGCAUGAUUGAGAUUAGUGAGAAUGGAAAGGGCUUGAAUGGGAUAUAG